GGUUGCUAUUAGAACGAGCGAAAGGGAGCAGGGCAACAGCCCGUGACCCGGUGCUUCCUCAGAAGAAAGACAGAAAGCAUGGCUCCUUCCUUAUCAUCUAACGCUCAUCUUGGCCGGACGGCUCGACGGAUAUGUCAGGACGAGGACGACGAUGAGGACGACGAUUAUAACAACGGUGAUAACGACGAUGAAGGUGAAAGCGAGGACAAGGCUGGAGCCGGUGAUCGGAGCCUGGACCAGAACCUCGGCCGAGCACAGGACCACGACCAAAAGCCCGGCGCUGCCGAGAACCGCACUGGAUCUGCAGCCCGAGUCUGCUACGACCUGCUGUCCGAUCUGAUCGCGGCGGCUGUGGCCUCGAACAAGGAGAUGAGCCAAGAGAACGCCGAGGCACUCUCCGCUCCGAUCGUCAACAGUGCCCACAACGAUGAGUCCAUCGGCCGCCCGAUAUCGAUCCGCAGCCUUAUCGCCAGCGAGCCUGACCAAGUUGUCCACGAGAGUCUCGAUGGACCCAGCAGCGUCCCCUCCGAACGGCACAGCGAUGCGACGGCAGUGAAUGAACAAUCUGAUACGCGACAGUACAAGAAUCCUGUUACAAAUGCAAUGGUCAAAGGCGAUGCCGUUGGAAUCGCCGAUCUUGCUGCUCCGAAGAACACCGCUGGCAGCGACUGCGACACCGAGACGGAUCCAAACGGAAUCCAGAGCGACGCCCCGGCUGCUACCGCGACUGGCGAACGAGUCUGUGCUUCAGGCAGCGUUGAGUUGAAUCACACAACAAACGAAAGCAGCGAGGAUACUGUGUCGAGCCAAAGCACCCGCGUCACUCCCGGUGCCGCUGUGCUCCGACUCGUUGAUCAAGUCUGGCACGAGCCCUCAUUGGAGGAGGAGCCACAGCAGCUUCAGCAGUCCCUGAAGAGAAAGGCGCCGCCGCAGUGAUGCAGAUUGGCAAUGUGGGCUCGGCAAUGUCGAAGCAAGAGACGGCGCGCCCUGCCUGUUUUUCUCAGGAUUCCGAUUUGCGACAUCGAUGCGGCAUUCGACCACCACCACCGAUCCUGUGGCAGGGGAUCCGGCAAUAAAAAGCCACAGCUCAUGCACAAUGUGCUCCCGAGCCCCAUGCGAUCGUGUCUGCUCUGAAGGUUCAGAGGCAAGUAGAACGGCCAGUGUAGCGGAAGGGGCUAUUCAACGUAAACGUGAGGAGAGAGGAGCUUUUAUUGGCCCGGGAUUCUCGGCCAAGCGCGAGGACGUUAG